GGGAGGGAGCAUUAAUGAGCAAGCGUAGGUAUCUAACUGCUUCCCUUCUUCCUCCAUGGCUCCACCUCCACCUCCUCCAACUCUCUCUCAUUUGUACAUAAAGAUUCAUUUAUGAAUUAACCAAGACGCCCGCCCAAGCAUCUACUUCAUUCUAUGUAGGUACCACACGCAUUUUCUUCAUUUCUUGAAUCUCGGUGAUCAAGCAUUAUAAAAGCUUAAUCAUUAUCACAUUCUCUGGGCUUUUAUCGCCGACUAUAUGAGCAAGAAAUCUUUGCACCUACAGAAGUUAUAGCCGUCGAAAUUGUUGAGUCUCUAACACAUAUAACCAAAGCUUUGGUUCUUCUUCUUUUGUACUACAACAAUUCACCACGGUAUCCCCUUCAUGGAGUUCUCUUCAUUUCAGAAAAUGGGUCUCAUUGGACUGUGUAGAUUCUUGGCAGGUGUUUCUUUACUUGCACUUGUCCUUUUCCAUGGCUUCUGUGUCUCUGAUAAAGAUUACUCCUUCAUGCACAAUGCAACUUUGGCUCCAGAAAUAUCCUACUAUGACUACAUCAUUGUAGGUGGCGGCACCGCUGGCUGCCCGUUAGCCACCUCUCUCUCCCAAAACACCUCCGUUUUGCUCCUCGAACGUGGCGGCUCUCCCUAUGGCAACCCUGACAUAAUCAACUUGGCCAACUUCGGUGCUGCAUUAUCUGAUCUCUCCCCUACUUCCCCAUCUCAACGCUUCAUCUCUGAAGACGGCGUCAUCAAUGCCCGUGCGAGGGUUCUGGGCGGAGGCAGUUGCCUUAAUGCUGGCUUCUACACCCGUGCUAGUACCGACUAUGUAAGGGAUGUGGGGUGGGAUGGACGGCUUGUGAAUGAGUCAUACCAGUGGGUGGAGCAACAAGUUGCUUUCCAGCCUGAAAUGGGGCAGUGGCAAUCGGCUGUAAGGGAUGGGCUGGUGGAGGUUGGGGUGGUGCCCAACAAUGGGUUCACGUACGACCAUAUGUAUGGGACUAAGGUUGGUGGGACAAUAUUUGAUAGAGAUGGGCAUAGGCACACUGCCGCCGAUUUGUUGGAGCAAGCCAAUCCAAGUGGACUUACUGUUCUUUUGCAUGCUACUGUACAUAAGAUCUUGUUUAGAACUAAAGGAAAACCAAGACCAGUCGCCCAUGGAGUGGUGUUUAGAGAUGCAUCAGGGGCUAAACACAGAGCUUAUUUAAAGAAAGGGUCCAAAAAUGAAAUCAUCAUAUCAGCUGGUUCACUAGGAAGUCCCCAGCUCUUGAUGCUAAGUGGAGUGGGCCCCCAAGCCCAACUUAAGGCUCACAAUAUUACAGUAGUAUUGGAUCAGCCCAUGGUUGGCCAACUUAUGUCCGAUAACCCCAUGAAUGCCGUUUUCAUCCCAUCGCCGAUUCCCGUGGAGGUUUCGCUGAUUGAAGUCGUCGGCAUCACGCACUUUGGAAGCUACAUUGAAGCUGCAAGUGGUGCAAACUUCGCCGGUGGCUCUCCGAGAGACUAUGGGAUGUUCUCUCCUAAGAUUGGUCAGCUCUCAACAGUGCCACCAAAACAACGGACCCCAGAAGCCAUAGCCAAAGCAAUUGAACUAAUGAACAAUCUUGACCAAGCAGCUUUUAGAGGAGGCUUCAUUCUCGAAAAAAUCAUGGGUCCAAUUUCCACUGGUCAUUUAGAGCUAAGAACUCGAAACCCUAAUGAUAAUCCAUCGGUUACAUUCAACUAUUUCAAAGAACCCCAAGACUUGCAAAGAUGUGUGCAGGGCAUUUCAAUCAUAGAGAAAGUAAUUGAUUCCAAGCCUUUCUCCAAGUUUAGAUAUGAUUAUUUAUCAGUCCCACAACUGAUGAAUAUGACCGCAAAUUCCCCAAUAAAUUUGUUACCUAAACAUUACAAUACAUCGACGUCACUGGAACAAUUUUGCAAGGACACUGUAAUGACUAUAUGGCAUUAUCAUGGAGGUUGCCAAGUAGAUGCCGUCGUUGACAGUAAUUACAAGGUUCUUGGAGUGGAUGCCCUAAGGGUUAUAGAUGGAUCCACAUUUAAUAACUCUCCUGGGACCAAUCCUCAAGCCACUGUUAUGAUGCUUGGAAGGUAUAUGGGAGUUAAAAUACUGCGUGAGAGAAUGGCAAGUGAAGGAUCAAAUUAAAGUAGUUCAUCAUGAUUAGAAUUUCAUGUAUGUUUGAGAAGCUUUUAUUGAUUGGGAAAUCGAUCCACAAAAAACAAUGAGACAUUAAUUUCUUGUGAAGAAUUGUUCAAUUA